CACAAUAUUGCGUCAUCGUUAUUGUCAUAGUCCGAUCUCCAGCUGUUUACGGACAUUUCGCCCGGACUCGACCUUUUAAAACAGUGAAAAACGAAACGUUACUGCAGCAUAAUGUCGGCUCAGAAGGAUAUAUCCCCUGACGAAAGUUUGCAAGGUUCCUGGGUUGAGCUGCAUUUCAGCGGGACUGGCUCUCCAGCUGCCAGUCAUGGAGGAAGCCAGGAACACAUCCCCACGUCCACCCUGGAGGGCGACAUGGAGAAGAUGCUGCUGGAAGCACAACAUGAGUCUGGCAGAAACAGCUCCAAAGGAAGCUCUCAAUGCAACAGCCCACUCAGAUCACAGACCCCCCUUCUCUUGUGGAGAGGCUCUGAGGGAAACAGCUCACAGUCUGAUGAAGAUUUCCAAGAGAGAAGACGGGAAGUGGAAAACCUGAUGAAGAAAAAUGCUGACUGGAUCUGGGACUGGUCCAGUCGACCUGAGAACAAUCCGCCAAAGGAGUUCCUGCUGAAGUACCCCAAGCGCUCAGCCUCUCUGAGCAUCAGGAACACCAGUGUCAUGAAGAAGGGAGGCAUUCUCUCUGCCGACUUUCUGAAGCUUUUCCUUCCUUCGUUAAUCAUUUCUCACAUACUGGCCAUUGGUUUAGGGAUGUACAUUGGGAAGCGACUCUCACUUCCCAUAACACCUACUAAAUAGGGCGGUGGUGGAUUGCAACACCUUCAUACAAACAGCUUGGCAUGCCUUAUGACGGGACCUGAAGAUGAGAGGAGUCAUGUGCCAUGGUCCACUUUUGGCUGACUGCCCGCCCAAUGCCAGCGUAGAGAGUUGAGGAUCUGUCAUUGUUGUUUUAUUGCUCUGAAAAAUAACUGACCAAUCCACAGCUCCUCGUUGUUGUUUCUGUCCUGGAGAUGACUGUUUUGCUGCUUCCUGCUCCUUAAAUCUGCAUGUUAGGGAACCAACACAUAAUAUACUUAACUGCCUUUUUGUGAUUGAAUUUAUGCUUAAGAUCAACUGUUGCCAGUUUUUUUUUUUUUUUUGAUCAGCAUUAGAACAAGGGUAUUGCUUGAUUUAGUUUGUUUUUGUAUCCAAGGGAUCAUAAGACCAUUAGACCUUAAAUGCAUCCAUUAUUGAUUGCAUGAUUGCGUAAAUUACAACUCAAGGAAUCAAUUGUUGGCUUAAGUACAGAUGUUUUCCAUUUAUUCAUCCUACAAAAAGUACAAGUAGGAGAUGUACAUGGCCCUGAUAGAAUACAAAGAAGUUAAUACGUGAAUUCCUGAAGUGGACCAUUUAACAAAGGAGCAAAACAUGCAGAUGAACACAAUUAAAAUUUUAUUGAACUUUGGUCAAAAUAAUAAACAAGUGAAUACAUUG